AAGGAGCUCGGCCAGACGGGAGAUGUACGCCCGGGCGUAAGAGCAGCGCCCGGCCGGGGAGGCGAGAAGAGACCCUGCGCUACCGCCGCCGCCGCCCUGGAGCUUGGACCCGGCGGCCGGCACCUGGCGCAGCGCUGGAGGGCGGGGAGCUGGAGCCGCCGCUGCGGGCAGGGAUGGUGAAAAGCUGAAGUGCCAAACGCCAAAAUGAGUGUGACGUCGUGGUUCCUGGUGAGCAGUGCGGGCAUUCGCCACCGGCUCCCUCGGGAGAUGAUAUUUGUUGGUCGAGAAGACUGUGAACUAAUGCUCCAGUCUCGCAGUGUGGAUAAGCAGCACGCUGUCCUCAACUAUGACAAGGAGAAAGAUGAGCACUGGGUGAAGGAUUUGGGAAGCUUAAAUGGGACUUUUGUGAACGACGUACGGAUUCCCGACCAGAAAUACAUCACGCUAAAACUGAACGACGUGAUACGCUUCGGCUAUGAUGCCAACCUGUAUGUCUUAGAACAUAUCCAGCACAAGGUCCCAGAAGAAGCACUCAAGCAUGAGAAAUAUACCAGCCAACUUCAGAUGAGCUUUAAAGGCACAGCAAUGAAAAGGGCGGAGCAACCAAUGGAACAGGGUGGAGAUACUGAAUCGCCCCAAGCCAAGCUGGAAAAAGGCGAGAAGAAAGCAAUUCCAGAGACUACAACCACUUACCGCACACCUCUUUAUGGACAGCCAUCAUGGUGGGGAGAAGACGAUGCCAAUAAUAAGUUUGAGCCAAUGGAUGACCGGAGGCCAGAAGAACAGUAUUCAGAAAGAACGAAAGACCUAGCCCAACACGAAGAAGAAAUCAACGGCAACAUCACAGGCUACCGGGAUUCUCAAGGCGAGUCUGUCUACUCGUUCCGAAGGGAACCUAGCUACUUUGAAAUCCCAACGAAAGAAUUCCAGCAGCCACUGAAGUCCCCGGAGGCACAAGUCCACGAGAUCCCCACCAAAGACGUUGACGCGGCGGUGCUGCCGGUUGUGCACAGCCACGCAUCUUUUACCAUUGAGUUUGACGACUGCACCCCGGGUAAAAUCAAGAUAAAGGACCACGUCACCAAAUUUUCGCUCAGGCAGAGGCGGAACCUUGGCAAGGAAGCCGCUCACGGGGAAAUGAUCUCGGCGGAAAGCAAAGUGGCUGAUUGGCUGGUGCAGAACGACCCGAGUCUCAUGCGAAGGCAGUCCCCAGGAGAUGAUGUAUACAGUACGAAAAGCGACCUCCCAGUUCAUGUCAGGACACUGAAAGGCAACCGGCAUGAAGAUGGAACACAGAGCGACUCCGAAGACCCAGUAGCCCCAAAACCGGAGAAGGAGACGGCCAGCAACGACCAACUGGCUGAGCAAGCCAAGCUCCAGCGCCAGAUUCGCCGGGACCCCCAGGAAAUGCUCCACAACCAGCAGGCCUUUGUCAUAGAGUUUUUUGACGACGACACGCCUCGGAAGAAGAGAUCGCAGUCUUUCACGCACAGCGGUCACUCUGCCCAGAAUGACGUGGACCCCACCUUGAAGGCCAAGAUGGAGAAGCGCAAGGUGACCGUGCCUGCCGAGAAACCAGGGAGCGUGGUGCCCUCGCCACAUCCGCCCGCCGUCGGAACCAAAGGGCCGAGCAAUUCUUUCACCACCCCGAGAGCCGGUUCCUUUAAGAGGGAGAAGACGGAGGAGCGGAUCAGCUCUUCUACGUCCUCCACUCCAAGGACAGCUGUUAAAAAUCAUGGCAGCGUAGGGAGGAAGUCCAAAAUCGCUCAGGAUUUUGCCGCCGAGUGCUUACGGGAGAGCUCUCAAGCUGGAAAAACCAGCCCUGAGAAGCCACCUCCCUCGCCAGCGCCGCCCGCCCCACGGGUCGUCGUGGUGCCGUCCGCCCCGGAAGCGAUCCUGACGCCGGCUGUGGAUCCUAAGGUGGUCAAAGCUCGGAAACACGAGGAAGAGGACAGCUUGAGCGAAACGGGCACGUACACCAUUGAGACAGAGUCGCAAGAUAAAGAAGUAGAAGAAGCUCGGAAGAUGAUUGAUCAGGUUUUUGGUGUUUUGGAGUCCCCUGAAUUUUCCAGAAUGUCUUCGGCCUUCCGGCCUGUUAUAAAAGGUGAAAAAGAUGAACUGGGGCCCCAUCAUUUCAUCGGUGAAAACGGCUCAAGCCCAAAGGUGACAAUGAUGCAGGUCAUCGCUUCCAAAGUGGCCAGCGGACAUCAUGCAGAGAUGCAGUUACCGCCUGCAUCUCAAGGUGGACAGAAAUGGGUAUCCAGAUGGGCAAGCCUUGCAGAUUCCUAUACAGACUCUGGAUCUGCUGCUGGAGUGGCGGAUACCCACCAGCCAAGCCCCCUCUCUCAGGCUGGUACAGAAAAGGACUCCAGUUCCAGAAUGGGAGAACCUGAGAUGUCCAUGGUGUCACGGACGCGACGUCUUCUUCCUCCGCUUCCCCCAGGUGACAAAUCUGAAAGCCCGACACCAACCAUUUUAAUUUGUCAAGAGCCUUAUUCUGACGUUAUCCAGAGGAACGCUGGUCAUGACCACGGGGCAGAAAUAUACGUGGAUCCUACCAGCCGGCUUUUAAUUCAGGAAGACUUGGAUCCCGAUAGCCUCAGUGAUGCCAGCAAAUCUGACGACGGCUUCGGCUUGGAAAAAGGCAGGAAAAGCCACGACAGCGCCAAAAUGUCCGAGCAGGACCAGGCAAGGCCUGAAAAUCCAAAAUCCCAAAGUCGUCAGCACACAGUGCCUAGGCUAUCAGGUCUGAGAGCUUCAAGUGAUCCACUCUCGACAUCUUUCUAUAUUGGUGACGAGGAAGCGGAAGGAGGGUUUCCUUCUAAGCUUUCUUCAAGUACUUCUCCUUCUCGGACAGAGAAAGAAGAGGCCCCUUCCAAGGGUGGGAAACCAGCUGUCAAAGGCAUCAGCAACACCUACAUCAGCUCCAAUGGAAAAAUGGUUCUUUCGUUGCACCAGGGGCUUCCUCUUCCAGAACAAGAAGUUACAGCCACAAAAGAAAUGUCUUCUUUCGUUCGGCAGGAAAGCUUUACCAAAGAGAAAUCCAGCAGCAGUGUUCCUCAAAACAGGUUACCGCACAUUUCAAGUCAUCCUCUGCUUAAAGAUCUUGAAGUCACCCGAGCAAAUCGUAUGGACUAUAAUCCGGACACCCACCUCCUCCUUAAGGACACCGAAACGGCUCUUGCAGCAUUGGAAGCCAAAAUACUCUGCCAAAGUCAUCAUCUUGACGUUCCAGAAAACACUCCAGGGCAGUUAGAAGACUCCUUAUCUGGGGAUUCAGAUGUGGACACAGCCAGCACCGUCAGCUUGGUGAGCGGCAAAAACCUGCCCACCCACCCACCGAAGCGCAAAGCUGGGACGACCGUGCCAAAAGAGAAGUCCUCUCCUACGCCGACUGUCCAAGACCAGAGCGUUCAACCGAGCGCCCGCGAAAGGCUUUCGGAAAAACGGAAAACUCUUCCGCUCGAGGCCGGAAACAAAAGUGAAAAUGGGAAACGUUUCCAAGUCAAACGUAGCACAGGGACGGGUGGGUCUCUGGACUAUACUGACGACGAACGAGGUAGUAGCCUCCCAUAUAUGCCAGCGAGUGAGAUCGCCUCCUCCGACCAAGAGCAGACCACUUCGAGGACUAUCUCCAGAAAGAAGCCUUUUUCGCAGUCCACCAAAGAAGAACACAGCAAAGUGACAUCGACGGUGCAAAAGAUCCAACAGGUUCUCACCCGGUCAAAUAGUUUGUCUACUCCGAGGCCUACCAGAGCUUCAAAGCUUCGCCGGGCCCGCCUGGGUGAUACCUCGGAUAACGAGAGCGCCGAUACCGAGAAAACGGCGUCCCCUCACGAAGGAACAGCGGCAUCUUCCAAGCAACCCGUGGAGGCCAAGAAGUUAUCGAGGCUCGACAUCCUCGCCAUGCCAAGGAAACGGGCAGGAUCUUUCACCGUGCCAAGUGACUCUGAGAGUGCACCGCCACGGCCGGCGUUCUCUGGGCGCAGCGCAGAGUCGUAUUACUCCACCCGAAAGCCGCCCGUGUCAGAAGCCCGAAAUGCUGCUCGGAAAACGGCAGCCGCGGUUGCUGCCUCCAAGCAGCCUUUUAGUAGGACACGAUCCAGCAGUGUCAAAUAUUCCUCUUCUUCCACCACCCAGACGCCCAGGAACCGAGGCGCCGGGCUGAGUAAACAGAAGCACAGCAACAGCAAGGAGACAGAAGAUGAGGACUAUGACGAGCACGAUCCGUACAACUUUAUUGCACAGACGGCAGAGAUCGCAGAAAUAGCCAGACUGAGCCAGACCUUGGUGAAGGAUGUCGCGAUCCUUGCUCGAGAGAUUCAUGACGUUGCCGGCGAUGGAGACUCCCAGAGCUCUUCAGGAACGGGACCAAGCACCUCCCACAGUUCUGUGCCUAACACCCCUGCUUCUACCAUAUCCGCAAGGGAAGAGCUGGUGCAGCACAUACCAGAAGCCAGUCUGAACUACCAGAAGGUGCCUCCUGGUUCAACAGGAUUCCAUGAAUUUGACCAAAAUAUGAAUGACAGUCGAGAAGAGGAUCUCACGAGAAAAACAAGGACAAGAAACAGGGAAGAGGUAAUCUUUGACAACUUGAUGCUAAACCCAGUUUCCCAGUUAUCCCACACCAUCCGGGAAAACACGGAGAACCUGGCGGAGAAAAUGAAAAUUCUGUUCCAGAAUACUGAGCGGACAUGGGAGGAGAUGGAGGCCAAAAUUAAUUCUGAAAACGAAGUGCCAAUUUUAAAGACCUCGAACAAGGAAAUUAGCUCGAUUCUGAAGGAGCUACGCAGAGUCCAGAAACAACUUGAAGUUAUAAACGCCAUCAUUGACCCAAGCGGAAACUUGGAUCUGCUCGCCAAUAACAAAACGCCUUCUGCUACGCCACAGUCUGCAGCCGCUAAAGUCAGGACUGCUAACAACAUUUCUGGGGCCGUGUUGGAAGCUUUGUCCCCUGUCAAGAAAAGAAAUUGCGCACAGAAAUCAAACUUUGGUUCUACCAGCCUGCAGGAUACUCCCUUUGUUCCGGACGGGGAGAAAUACGUGAUCUAACAGCAUAUUUUCUAUUGCUUAUCCUCUUGUAUGUAAUUUACCGUGGCGUUAGUAUUGUGUACGAGUGGUUGUGGGCAAGUCCGCGUGGAGCAGUUGUUUAGAUUGCUAACACAUUGCACAAAAGAAAAGAAAAAUAAGGUACAAUCUAUGCUGUGUGUGGGUUGAGUGGCAGGCCUAUGCAGAUACCUUUUGAGAAGACAG